GAUCAACAAGACCCCGCAGAUCCGAUCUUCACCUCCUGACUACCCCUCCUCAUCCCUGCUCUCAGUAUCUGCCCUGCAUCAUACAACAUGGCCAUUCCCGACGCAGCCCUGCAAGCUCUCCGCAACUCUCUCACCUCCUCUACCAUCUUCACGCCCUCAGACCCCGGCUACCAGGAGAGUCUGCGCCGAUGGUCCGACACGGGUGUUAAGCAGGCGGGCGUCGUCAUCCAACCCACCGAGACCGCUGACGUCCGCACUGCCCUCCUCUGGGCCCAAGAACACACCGUCGACUUCGCCGUCAAAGGCGGCGGCCACUCCGUCUCCGGCACCAGCUCCAGCGAAGGCGGUCUGGUCAUCGACCUCUCGCGCAUGAACCAUGUCACCGUGCACGAGGACUCCAAGACCCUGACCGUCCAAGGCGGCGCCGUGUGGAAAGACGUCGACGAGAAAGCCGCUGAGCACGGCCUCGCCGCCGUCGGCGGAACCGUCAACCAUACCGGCGUCGGCGGCCUCACCCUCGGCGGUGGCUACGGCUGGCUCAGCGGUAUGUACGGCCUCACCAUCGACAACCUCCUCGCCGCCACCGUCGUCCUGCCUAGUGGUGAGAUCGUCGUAGCCGACGCUGCCUCCCACCAGGACCUCUUCUGGGCCCUCCGCGGCGCCGGCUACAACUUCGGCGUCGUCGUCGACUUCACCUUCCAGGCCUAUGUCCAGACGAACCCCGUUUACUCGGGCAUUCUCUCAUUCGGACCCGACAAACUCGAGCCCGUCAUCGCCGCCCUCAACAAGCAGCUCGAAAACCCGGACCCCAAGGCCGGCGUGAUGUGCAUUCUAGCCCAGCCGCCAGGCGCACCCAGCCUGAUGGUGAACACGCUGGUCUUCUACAACGGCAGCCAGAGCGAAGGCGAGGCGCGAUUCGCAGACCUCCUCUCCCUCUCUCCCGUCGCCAACAUGGUCUCCAUGAUCCCAUACUCGCAGCUGAACUCCCUCCAAAACCCCAUGGCCACCUACGGCGACCGCAAGACCUUCAAGGGCCUGUUCUUCCAGACCCCGCUGGACGCGACCUUCCUGCGCUCCGUCCUCGACGACCUCAACGCGAAGAACGCCGCCUUCCCGGACCUCGUCCCCGCGCUGCUGCUCGAGUGGUAUGACAUGCGCAAGACGUGCAGUGUGCCGCUGGACGCGACGGCGUUUGCGAACCGCAGCGCGACGCAGAACGGGCUGUUGAAUCUGCGGUGGUCAGGGACGGACAUGGAUGGGACGCAUCGGGCCUGGGCGCGCGAGAUCCAGGCGUCGUUUAAGGGGGAGUUUGAGAGGGUGCAUGGCGCCGGGAAGGACGAUGAGGAUGUCCCGCAGUAUAUUAACUAUGCGGAGCCCGGCGAUGCCGUCGUGAAUAACAUCUACGGCCAGAACCUGGACCGGCUGAGGGAGGUCAAGAAGCGAUAUGACCCCGGGAACGUGUUUAACAAGAUGCACCCCAUUGUCUAAGCUGGGACUAGUCUCGGAGGGUGGUGUCGGCACUAUUUAUGUAUAUAAGAUUAUAAGUACCCGUAGCUGAAC